AUGGGCACGGAAAAAAAAGAAUGUCUCAUGCCAGACGCGAUGCCAUUCGUGACGGCGGAGAUGUUGUUCCUCCCACAGGGGCGAGACGUCGAGGCGGUGUGUCUCACCGUGUUCGCCGUCAUCGUGGCGCUAAUUUACCUCGUGGACGCGCUCGCCCCAAAGGCUAAAAAAGCGCUGGAUCCCAGCAAGAAGGUGGCGCUGAAGCUGGUGAAGCGCACGGAGCUGUCGCACGACACCCACAUGUUCCGCUUCGGCCUUCCCACCCCCGAGCACAUCCUCGGCCUUCCCAUCGGCCAACACAUCGCGCUGUCCUACACGGACAAGGACGGGAAGGAGCAGGGGCGCCCUUACACGCCGACUUCGUCGGACGUGGACAAGGGGCACGUCGACUUCGUCAUCAAGGUCUACUUCCCCAACGAGCGCUUCCCCGAGGGCGGGAAGGUGUCGCAGCACAUGCACUCGCUGAAGAUCGGCGACACCCUGGACUUCUCGGGGCCGAAGGGUAGGUACGAGUACAGGGGCAAGGGUACGUUCGCCAUCAAGAGGCUCAAGUCCCAGGGUGGCGGGUUCGAGAUCCGCAAGGCGAAGAAGAUCGGGAUGAUCGCGGGUGGCACCGGCAUCACGCCGAUGCUGCAGGUCAUGCGCGCGGUCUUCCGAGACAAGGGGGACAAGACCGACAUGUCCUUAAUCUUCGCCAACCAGACCGAGGAGGACAUUCUCCUGCGCGACGAGCUCGAUAAGUGCGAGCGGGACCACGACAACUUUAAGCUCCACUACACCGUGGACAGGCCGCCGGCCAAGGGAUGGCGCUACGACACCGGCUUCGUCACCGCGGAGAUGAUCAAGAAGCACAUGCCGCCGCCCAGCAAGGACACGCAGAUCCUACUCUGCGGACCGCCGCCGAUGAUCAAGUUCGCCAUCAUGCCCGCGUUCGAGCAGCUGGGCUACACCAAGGACAUGUUCCUCCAGUGGUAGAAAGAGCCGAGGAAUUUUUUGGUCCCCGGCGCGUCUUUGUCAAGUCAACGUAGAUCGCAUCGAACCAA